CCGACGCUUCUCACGGACCUCUACCAGUUCACCAUGGCAUAUGCCUACUGGCGUUCGGGCAGGCACAACGAGCCCGCCGUUUUCGAACUGUUCUUCCGCGACAACCCGUUCGGCGGCGGCUUCUCGCUCUUCUCCGGAAUGCACGACUGCCUCCUGUUUCUGCGGAGCUUUCGAUUCACUGACGAAGAUGUGGAGUACCUGCGUUCCGUGCUGCCCCCAGCCACUGACCCUGCCUUCUUCCUGUUUCUACGGGAACUGGACUGUUCCGGUGUCACACUCCACUCUGUCCCCGAGGGAACGGUGGUCUUUGCCAGGGUACCUCUGAUGGAGGUGUCUGGUCCUCUGGCUGUGGUUCAACUACUGGAGACCAGCCUGUUGUGUCUGGUCAACUACGCCAGUCUGGUAUGCAGUAACGCGGCCCGGUUCCGUCUGGCUGCUGGUUCCAGGAGGAAGCUGUUAGAGAUGGGCCUGAGGAGAGCACAGGGGCCUGACGGGGGCCUCACAGCCUCAAGAUACACAUACGUCGGAGGGUUUGAUAUGACCAGUAACGUCCAGGCUGGCUUCCUGUUUGGAAUCCCCGUGGCGGGAACCAUGGCACACUCUUAUGUCACUUCUUUUUCCUCCCUGGAGGAGGUGUGGCCUCAGACGCUAGUGGCAGCAAACGGGGAUCAUGACAACAUCGAUCUGAUCUCGCUGACCAAGGGUUGGCUGGGGCGUGUGUGUGAGCUGCUGGGGGCGGAAUCUGGGAAGAUCCAUGAGGGCGAGCUGGCAGCCUUCUUGUCCUAUGCUAUCGCAUACCCACACAACUUCCUGCCGGUCAUCGACAGCUACAGUGUCACCUGUAGUGGCCUGCUCAACUUCUGUGCCGUGGCCCUGUCUCUGUUUGAGCUGGACUACAGUCCUCUGGGCGUGCGUCUGGACAGUGGAGACCUCUGCAGGCAGUCAGUAGAAGUACGCCAUUUCUUCAGACUCUGCAGUGAACAAUUCUCCAUCCCUGCCUUCCAGUCCCUUCUCAUAGUAGGCACCAAUAACAUCUCAGAGUACAGCAUGGCCGAACUCAACAAGAAGGAGAAUGAGAUUGAUGUGGUUGGUGUUGGAACACAUCUGGUCACCUGCACGAGACAGCCUUCACUCGGGUGUGUGUACAAGUUGGUGGAGGUUCGGGGCAGUCCCAGGAUGAAGUUCAGUGAGGACCCAGAGAAGAGUACUGUUCCUGGGAGGAAGGCUGUCUAUAGGAUGCUGGACAUGGAGGGCCACCCAUUCUUGGAUCUGUUGUGUUUGUGUGAGGAGCCUGCACCUAAGGCGUGUGUGGCAGUGAGGUGUCAUCCUGUGGUUGGUAACAACACCUGUCAGUCAAUCACACCUUCUCAGGUCAGCUGUCUACGCCUGGAGGUCUACACUAAAGGACAGAUCACACACCCACUGUGCAGCACAGCUGAGACCAGGGAGAAGGUUCAGAACUCCAUCCAGACCCUGCACCCCCGACACAAGAGACUGCAGGAGCCAGAUUCUUACAUAGUGGCAGUGUCUGAGAAACUCCAUAACUUAAUUGCUGAGAUCAGAAAAGGCAGCAGCAACAACAGCGAUUUUCUAUUGGCCAACUGAGACACACAGGCUUCAGUCCCAAAUAGCACCCUAUUCCUUAUUUAGUGCACUUCUUUUGACCAGGGCUCUGGUCAAAUGUAAUGCACUAUGU